AUUGUGUGUCAGUGGGUAUACACGCGAAAUUACCGCAAGUGGGUACUGGCAGAAGUUUAUCAAAGAUAAUUGGUAACCUAUCAUAUCUUAAUGUUACAGUUUCGUAAAGAAGAUCGGAGACGUAUAAAAUGGAUGUCAUCUGCAAUAUUCUGGGAGGAAUUCAAUCACACCUAGCCAGAUCGGUGAUUUCCUUUCUUCUAAGCAUGUCGAUAUACUGCAUAUCUUCGAUUGUUAAUUAUUCCUCGGAGAAUCUUUCUUCCGAAUCACUAUCGUCGUCUUACGAUUUCAUAGUCAUAGGCGGUGGCUCUGCAGGAGCCGUGGUAGCGAGUCGGUUGUCCGAAAUAGAAGACUGGAACGUACUCCUCUUGGAAGCAGGUGGCGAUGGAAGCUUUAUAUAUGAUAUUCCGAUUACUGCCCCCAAUCUGCAGCUCACAGAGAUCGACUGGAAAUACACAACGGAACCCGGUACAAAGUACUGUAGAGCGAUGGAGGAGGGUCGUUGCUUGUGGCCACGUGGCAAAGUGAUCGGAGGCAGUAGCGUGAUAAAUUACAUGCUCUAUAUUCGUGGUAACAAAAAAGAUUACGACAUCUGGGAACAACUAGGCAAUCCAGGAUGGUCCUACAAGGACGUCUUAACCUAUUUCAAAAAAUCGGAAGACAAUCGGAAUCAGAACUACUCCAAUACUCCGUAUCAUUCGACGGGAGGUUACCUAACUGUCGACGAAUCACAAUGGCACAGUCCACUGGGCGAGACGUUCCUUCAAGCAGGACGAGAAAUGGGUUACGAGAAUAGAGACGUUAAUGGAGAACGGCAAACUGGCUUUAUGUUUCCUCAAGGGACCGUUAGACAGGGGAGGCGGUGUUCCACGGGGAUGGCCUUCCUGCGUCCGGCAAGCGCGCGUAAGAAUUUACACGUCGCUAUGUACGCACAUGUUACGAAAAUUUUAAUAGAUCCGUCAUCAAAGAGGGCUUACGGUGUAGAGUUCAUUAAGGACGAAAGGGCGCAGCGCGUUCUUGCCAACAAGGAGGUGAUAGUUUCCGCAGGAUCUAUCAACAGUCCUCAGUUAAUGAUGUUGUCCGGAAUAGGACCUGGAGAACACUUAGCGGAACACGACAUACCAGUGAUUCAAAAUUUAAGUGUGGGUCAUAAUCUUCAAGAUCACGUAUUUGCGGGAGGCAAUCUAUUCUUGCUGAAUGAAGAAAUAUCGUUGGUACAGAGCCAGUUGUAUGAUAUUCGAUAUCUGAUAGAAUACGCCUUAUUCGGAACCGGUCCAUUUACUCUCUUAGGAGGAGUCGAAGGCCUAGCUUUUAUCAAUACUAAAUACGCGAAUGCCUCGGACGAUUUCCCAGACAUACAACUGCAUUUUGCGUCAUUGGGUCAGAACACCGACGGCGGCAAAAUUUUUAAAAGUCUUCACGGUCUGUCCUCAGAAUUCUUCGAAACUCUAUAUGCGAAGUACGUCGGUAGCGAGUUGUGGACCGUGCUUCCUACGCUUGUGAGACCGAAAAGUAGAGGUGUUAUCAAACUUCAAAGCAACAAUCCCUUCCAUUAUCCGCUAAUUUAUCCCAACUACUUCGAAAACCCGGAAGAUGUGGCGACAUUGGUAGAAGGAAUUAAAUUUGCGGUCGAGAUGAGUAAAACUGCAUCAUUUAAACGUUAUGGAAGCAAAUUUAUACCGGAUCCAUUUCCUGGCUGCAAAAAUAUUCCUAUGUAUACCGAUCCAUACUGGAAGUGCGCGAUCAGAUUCUAUGCCACGUCUCUAUAUCAUCCAGUGGGUACUUGCAAGAUGGGGCCUAAUUCGGAUCCAACAGCUGUAGUAGACCCUCGGCUUCGAGUUCACGGAGUCACCGGACUUCGAGUCAUAGACGGCUCGAUUAUGCCAAACAUAGUCAGUGGUAAUCCCAAUGCCCCGAUUAUCAUGAUCGCAGAGAAGGGUUCCGAUAUGAUAAAAGAGGAAUGGUUGAUGAAAAAGGAUACAGAGAAAGCUUAAGUGCCGACAGGUCAAAAGGGUCUGGAAACUUCAAUGGGCCGAGCGGCCUAUCAAUGCGUCGUUGAUCCUUCAAUCGACUAGUUACGCGGAAGAAAGGCUUAUGUAACCAUGGAUGCGGACGGUUGCGGAACAUGUACGUGGUGGAGCUAUGAGGAAAGACAAAGGGAUGCUUAAGGGAGAAAGAGGAAUUAACAGGCAGUCGCUAGUUGAGAAGGAGUGUUGUCAGGAUUGUCGAAGAGGAUGGUCCGCGCGUAAGAGAAUGCAAGAGAAACAUGCGAGAUUCGCAGCAGCAUCGUGACAAAUACUAUCAAAAAGCACAUGUUGGUUCAAUAUUUAGUUUUCAGGACGUCGAGGACGCAUUAAAAGCAUUUAGUGGUGACAAAAGUCGAUCGAUGAUUCGAGUCGUUCGAAGAAAUUGCAAACACGUGCAUGUGGCCAGAAGCACAGAAGGUAAUUUCUGCGAGAAAACUAUUGAAAGGAUCAGCAAGAAUAUUUUCGAGUUUCGACUGCCAUCCUAGGGCUUGGCAUGAGUUGAAGCGAGGACUAAUAAAAGUGUAGCGGCACAUGAGUCAUCCCUCGACGGUACUCCCCCGACCAGUAUAAAUAAACGAAAUACGCUCUCUAGUAGAAUCAAUAAUCGGUAUUCAGUAGUGAGUAUUCAGUAAUCAGUAUACAAUAGCGAGUAUUUAGUAAUCAGUAUUCAAUAGUGAGUAUUCAUCAUUACAUAGUAUCCGUAUAUCAAGUAACAUUGAGCGAACGACGACCAACUCUGUAUUCAAUACUUAUGACGAUUUUAAAUACAUCUGACCAUAUCAAGUAUUAACUCGUUUCAUCGUUUGAAACAACACGUUUAAUAUCCACCACCAAAGAAUUCUCAAAGAAAAUUAAUAGUUGGCAAGUACACCAGAGACUCGAGAAAACAAACAAGAGAAACGAUGAAGCAUACCUGGUUUACAUGUACCGCAUGCUCGAAAUAGCUAGUCAUGCGGUAGAAUAUAUCAUAAACUAAUAAUAAAUAAUAAUAGACAAAUAGAGUAACAAGUCUAUACUAUACGGCACUACGUCAGUCAAGGGGCUAAGGAAAAGAUUAGUUAUUUACAAUGAACAAAAGUCGACUGCGAAGCCGGUCAAAACCGGAAACAACAAGAAAUACAGACCAUCUGAAAAUGUAGUGAAGGAUAAAAGGUGUUAUAAUUGCGGUGAUAAAGAGUACAGAUUGUUUUUAAUUUGUAUUUUACAAUUUGCCCAACUGGACAUUUGGUAAAUUUUUCUAACUUAAUUACUAAAUAACAUGUGGUUGGCUAUCCCCAGCGGGAUACCAUCUUCGAGUAUGACUAUUUUAUUUCUUUAGCAAGGUUAGUGGGAUGUUUUCUCUUUAGUUUUCUUUUUUUUGAGAAUUUCGAUUUGGAUGUGUUGCCGUUCUUUCCUUGUAUUUUUCUCUGUACCUGUCGAUUUCAUUUUUGACUAUUGUUCUCAGUAUCAUCGAUUGUAACGACUCUAGUUUAUUUAUGUGGCUCAUUGCUGCUGUCCUCCAUAGCGGUACGUCCGUAUUGAUUUUAUUAUAGUUUUGUAGAUUUUUAGUUUAUAUUUUAUGCUCUGUUUAUUUUCCAGUUUCGACUAGUCGGCCAGUACAUCUGUUCUCUUCUUAUCCGUAUUUUGUCUAUAAUCGAUUUAGUAUGUUGUUUCCAUGUCAGUUGUGUGUUUAAGUG